GGCCCACUUCUGGAUACACAUAAAUAGGGUGCAGGGAAAGACGGUAGCCUCACUCCUCUCCAAGGGGAUUCAUUGAUACGAUCUUAAAGCCUGAAUACCAAGCAUGAAAGCCUUCGUCGCGACUGCUGCUUUGUCCGCCGCGUCCUUUGCAUCAGCGAGGACAUUUACGGUUUACAAUGGUUGCCCCUUCACCAUCUGGCCCGCUAUGUUCACGGACUUGAACGUGGGCACUGCUGUUCCGGACUACGCUACUGGGUGGGAGGCGGCUGCGUACACCGCCGUCAGUUUCACUGUUCCUGACAACUGGCAGGCAGGCCGUAUUUGGGCUCGUCGUGACUGCGACUUCAGCACGAACCCAGGACCCAACUCAUGUCUCGACGGUGGCUGCAACGGGGGUCUGGAAUGCGAUCCUCACACUGGCACUGGUGUUCCGCCUGCCACUGUAGCGGAGUGGACUCUGUCUGGCGCCAACAAUCAGGAUUACUACGAUAUCUCUUUGGUGGACGGCUACAAUCUUCCCGCCAGGAUCGACAACAACGUCGGCUGUGGUAUCCCAUCGUGCCCUGUCGAUCUUGGCCCUAAUUGCCCUGCUCCCCUUCAGGGGCCGUACGACUCUAGCGGAUUUCCCGUCGGUUGCAAGAGUGCUUGCGACGCCAACCUCGACGGCAACCAAGCCAACUCUCCGAAUUGUUGCUCCGGACAGUACGACACUGCUGCCACUUGCCCCUCCUCCGGCGUUGCCUACUACUCUUACUUCAAGGACAACUGCCCCGACUCUUACGUCUAUGCUUACGACGAGAGCAGCGGCACUGCCCUUUACACCUGCGACGCCAGCUUGAACGCCGACUACACGCUGACUUUCUGCCCGCCUUCUUAAGGAAACCUCCUCUGAACUAUUCGGUCUCUCGGGUCCUCGGUAGUAAUAUCAUUGCCCCCGUGUACGUCAUUCAUUCCGAUAUCUGCUUCUCAAAGCCUUGCAUGCGCA